AUGAAUAUGUUCGCAAACUUCGGAGAUUGCAAAUUCUACAUUAUGCACAAGUCCAAGGCAGUACAUCUGCCGCCGGCAAUGGCAGCGCAAAAGACGAUGUGUCAAGGAGAUACAAUGUCUUAUCCGGCAUUUGUGAGGUGCUUGUCCGCUUUCGUGAGCAGCUGGAGCGACCGCAUGGAUGCCCUGUACACGGACACGCUUGUGGCGCUGACUGAAGGGGAGGCGGACCCAGGCGCUGCCGCACUGGCUCUGGCAGCGAAACCGGAGCAGUACGCGGCCGAGCUAGCACAACGUGUGACGGGUAGCCCGGUCGUGACGGAUGGGUUCGACCCCGUGUACGACGUUCUGCUCAAGGUGGCUCCACCAGCAGCCCUGACACCGGAAGGCGUUGCAAAGGGCCACGAACUGGCGCGGGAGCUUGCAACGGACCUUCGGGAUCGGCGCAAGCGGUCGGUGCAGUCCAUGAUUGGGCGCGCACAGCUGACACCCGAGCAGGCGGACAAGCUGCUGGCUGGGUCCAACGCGUCUCGCAUUCUGGACAUGCUGCUGACACUACCGUCGAGCGCGGAUCGCUUGGCAUGUCUGCCCGACUGUUUCACGCCACCGGAUGAGGCCACGGGCGAGGCGGGUGGCGGCCGAGAGGGCGAACUUCCGGCCUCUAUGACUGCGCCCUCACCCGCAUCAGACACGGAGGACCUAGUCUGGUGCACCCCGUCGCAGCUGCUGGUGGAGCUGGAAGCGAGAUUACAGCGGCUGGACGGUCGGGGGCCACGACCCGUCCCCGUGGGGUCAUCAGGGCCGCCUCUGCUGGGGCCGGCCGGGUCGCCCAACCUCACCGGAGAAAACUUGCUAGCGGAGCUGAAGCUCCUGCGGGACGAAGUGCGGCGGAGAUGGCUGGACACACUGGAUGUCAAGUAG